AUGGCGAACGAACUUUUCGCAAUUGAGCAAUUUAACAAAACGACCUGCAUCAGAUACGCUUGGGUAAUCGCCUCAAUCCCUGGUCCCUAUUCGCUAAUUUCUUCGGACCUUCAAAAGAAAUGGAUCGUGCUCGUUGAACUACCAAAAAAGCCGGAGAGGUGUUUUCCAGAGGAGGGAAAUCGGUGCAGAAUUGCCUUCAUGCAAGACUUCACCCGAGAAGAAGACAUGCUGGUAGCUGAGCGGAUUGCAAACCCAUACGAUGAUAUGGCAGAAACACACCCGUACUCAUAUUAUGCGGUCUUCACUGUGACUACGGAGCACCUGGUGCACCCAGUCACCAAAGAGCAGUUUCAGCCGCUGUUGUCGAUCAUGAUCGCCCAACCCACUGACAUCAACUCCCUGCCUACCCCUUUGACUGUGCACAAUGCAGUCGAGUGCAGACUCAAAGUCGAUUCGAAUCCGAUCACAUAUGAGGCUGAGUUGUUGGCAUUGUCUAUCUUGACGGAGCCGAAGAAGGAGUCGAAUGCUUUGCCAGCAACAACCCUCGGGACGUUUGAGUAUCUGCUGGACUUCCGCAAAGAACCCAGCUUCAGGGUCAACCUGUUCGAGAAAAUACCGCACAUGAAUAAUCCGAGCGAACACCCCAAUAACUUCUUGAAGACGGUAUACAGUCGGCUGAACCAUGACCACAAGUAUGUUUACGACCAGCUUCGACAAAUACCAGCCGGACUUGCUCUUAUCCUUGGAUGUCCGGGUGCUGGGAAAACAGCGUUGAACGCAUUCAUCGCUGCUAUGGCUCUGUCGCAGCCUGUCAAGGAACUUUGGCGGGAUGGCAAACAAAGACGCAGACCAGUUAAGAUUCUUUACUUGCUGGAUGUCAACUAUCCGUGUGACGAUGCUGCCAACCGGGUAUAUAACAUGUUGCAGGAUGCUGGAAUUCACAAGUCAGUUGUUCGGGUUCGUGGUUGCGCCCGUGAGAUGAGGAACAGCGCAAAGCUCCAUCCAGAGCCGCGAAACUUGACGGAAGAUCACACUCCAGAUUUCACUGCCGGUUUUCUCAAGCAAGCACGUCUUUUUGGUGGCUUGCAGAAAGUUCACCGCGAUGACAGCCGGGCACCAACGUUGGAUGAGGUGGCUUGGGACAAGUAUGAGGCUGACAAGACCAAGUACAUCGCCCUGACAAAGAUCUUGGACAAGCUGAACGAGGGUGUACCCAAGACAGACCAGACGGCUAGAGAACUGAGGAAAUGCGUCGCGAGACUUUAUUUCUCUGUCAUAGAGAAAGCCGACUUCAUAGCUACUACCCCAGUCGGCGCUGCUGGCUAUCUGAGCAAAAGGUUUCGCCCCGAUAUUGUGUUUCUGGACGAAGCGGCCCACGCAAGAGAGCUGACGGCUAUGAUUCCGAUUGCUCUUUACUCACCGUACACUUUUAUUCUGACAGGCGAUACUCGUCAAACUCGUCCAUUUGUUGAGGGAGUCAAUGCUUCAGACAAAAGCGGCCAGGAAAAUGUCUACGCGAGACAGCUGAUGCUCAGCACAAUGGAAAGAGCGGACCUAGCCGGAGCCCUCGACAGCAAACUCCAUAUCAGCCACCGAAUGUACGGAAACCUACAGGAACUUGCAUCAGAGCUGUUCUACGAUGGACUGUUAACGUCAGGCCUACCCGAAUCCGAGCGAUUCCCUGAAGCUAUCCAACACAUUCAAGGGUGGCUAUCGAGGAUCACUGGUGGCAAGGAAUGUGCGGUUCCUCGAAUCCUCAUAAGUUACCGAAGCUCGGCGGAGGCCAGUGACAAAGCCAGUUUCUAUAAUCCCAUCCACGAGGCUUUUAUUCAGCAGCGAUGCCAUGAAUUACUUGAAGAUCCGAACUUCCGGCGAAUCGACCAGCCCGAGAAGCCUGGACGGAUCUUGAUCAUCACGCCUUACAGAGCUGCUUUGGUCCGGUACAAGCGGUUUGUCAAAGCUCUUCAGCUCAAAGUCCAAGACAGACUCGGGGUCGAACUGAAGAUGAGUGCGAUGGAAGCUCGCACAGUAGAUUCUGCCCAAGGUCACGAAGCGGAAUUUGUAUUUGUUGAUACUGUCCGAACGAAAAGUGCAGGAUUCUUGAACGACCCUAAAAGACUCUGUGUCAUGCUCACGCGCGCCAGAAUCGGCGAAAUGGUGCUCAUGCAUGAGGGCACCACGAAAAUAUGGGAAGGAAGGGAACUUGUUGAGGCUGAGUGGACGACGAAGGUGUAUGAGCACUGUCGUCGGAACGGCCAGCUUUAUCAAAUUGGUUGA